AUGUUUAUUCUGUUCUAUUUACUUGUAAAUGGGAUGAUUCUUAUUUCGGCAAUUGAUAAGUGGCUCACAAUAAAUUGUCCAUCGGGAUUUUAUGGAGUUAUCUGUGAUAAAAACUGUCCGUAUCCAAAUUACGGUAAACGUUGUUCUCAGACAUGUGACUGUUCCGAACUAAAAUGCAACAACAUAUUCGGUUGUCUAACUCAGCUAGAAACCAAGACCCCAACCCACACGCCAUCAAACAGUAAACCCAUCACUCAAGAUGACAUCUUAGAAGCGUAUACAAUUUACACCCAAAGUUUGGCACCGAAAGACACCAAACUGACAGCUGAUACUGUAACUGUUACUGACGAAACUAUCGUCCCAACAGUCACAUAUCGAUGGAACCAGAGUGAUUGGGUGACAAGAAGCAUCUAUGGUACUGGCGUGCUGAUAAUUAUCCUGGUUUUGUUUCAUAUCAGCAUUUCCGCUUUGCGUUGUGUGAAAAUAAAAGGCACACUUGAAGACAUGCAGUCAUCUACAACGUAAUUGGAGAGAGGG